CGAGGCGGAAGUCCCCCUCCCCUUUUCCUGCUGGCCCGCCGCUCGGUGCCCCCUCCCGCUGGGCUCCGCCAUGUCGCCGGUGCGGGCGGUGCUGGCGCUGCUGGCCGCGCUGGCGGCCCCGGCUGCCGCCUACUUCGUCAGCAUUGACGCGCACGCUGAGGAGUGCUUCCUGGAGCGGGUGCCCUCCGGCACGAAGAUGGGGCUCAUCUUCGAGGUGGCGGAGGGGGGCUUCCUGGACAUCGACGUGGAGAUUACAGGGCCUGAUAAUAAAGGAAUUUAUAAAGGUGAUCGAGAGUCCAGUGGAAAAUACACGUUUGCCGCCCACAUGGAUGGGACUUACAAGUUUUGCUUUAGCAACAGAAUGUCCACCAUGACUCCCAAGAUAGUGAUGUUCACUAUUGAUAUCGGGGAAGCUCCAAAGGGGCAAGACAUGGAGACAGAAGGUGGUGGAGAUACCUGGGAUGCUCAUCAGAACAAGCUAGAAGAGAUGAUUAAUGAGUUAGCAGUGGCCAUGACAGCUGUAAAGCACGAACAGGAGUACAUGGAAGUUCGUGAAAGAAUACAUAGAGCAAUUAAUGACAACACAAACAGCAGAGUGGUUCUUUGGUCAUUCUUUGAAGCUCUUGUACUAGUUGCCAUGACACUGGGACAAAUCUACUACCUGAAGAGGUUUUUUGAAGUCCGAAGGGUUGUUUAAGAGUACUUUUCUGGUCCCGGAUUUCAGUUCACUGUCUACCAAACAUCCUGGUCACAAAAAAGUCAUUUAGUUUCUGAACCCUCUUUACUGAACUGUAAAACUUAUUUGCUUAUGUUCCUUCCUAGUUAAAAAUGAAUUGUUUUUAUAUAUCUUCUGUAGCAAAAGCUGUGCUGAAAUCUUGUCACUAUUAAUUGGCAUAAUUUUUUUCACUUAAAUCUGCCUAGUCUGUAUGCUAAGCGAGGUCCAAGCAAGCUGCAAAUGCUGUAUUUCAACUGUAGUAACAAGCAAUGUUGAUGUCUUUUCUAACUUUUUUUCCUGUUUUCCUAAGUACUUGCAGUUCUAUCUAGGGAAACGGUACAAGGCCCUAACAUGACUGUUUGCAUUUCUGACAUCUUUAACCCUGCAGUAGGUGUUAUGAAAUCAAAAUAAUCCCUUCUUCACUUACAUAAACUGCCAAGGAGAAGCGAUUGGAACUUUGUUCUGAUAAUGAACAGAAGACAGCUGACCACUUCCGAUCUAGUAUUCAUACCUAGUUGCUAUUCAAAAGAAAGUCUUCAGUAACAAUCCUAAUUACAUCAACUUAUUCCCAAAGUUCUUUUAAAUUAAAUGGUCGAUACGAAAAUA